AUGACCCAUGAAGAUAUCUUGCAUCGCGUGAAAAAUAAUCACGCGACUGUAAAUACAGUCUAUCAUUGCCUUUACGCUUUUUAUUUCCUCGGAAUCAAUCGAUGUGCAUUGGCAGAAAUAUUUGGAAAAUCAAAAGCAACAAUUUGUAACUGGAUUCGUAAGUACGAGCAAGACGGAGCAUUUUCAAGAAAGCAACGAAUGCAGGUUUAUCGACGUUUUGGGACUACGCAACGACAGUGGUUGUUAAACUUAUAUUAUAAGGAACCCGUAGUAUUCAUAGAUGAAGCUAGAGACCGCUUCCAGGAACACUUCAAAACUUGUAUUAGUGCUGCAUCAAUUGUUCGAAUUUUAAAAACAGCUGGACUGACAUGGAAGAAAAUUGAAAGGCGUGCUAUACAAAUUCGAAAAGCGGAUAUUCUCAGGUAUGCUGACGAACUAGAAGCAUUUAAGUGGGAACUGCAUCAACUGGUCUUCAUCGAUGAAGUAUCCUUCGAUUCCCGUGACAUGCUUCGAAACUACGGAUAUGGGGUAAAAGGGAAAAAAGUGAUUUUCCGUGGAGAGUUCAAUCGACGUCCGAGAGAAUCUUACCUAUGCUUUCUAGGGCAAGGGGGAUUGCUUGAAUCGUACAGGACUGAGGGUACAUUUACUCGUCAAAAGUUUUUUGAUUGUGUCAGGAAAUUUGCAAUCCAAAGCUCAAAAGUAGAAUUCUAUCCAGGAAAGAACUCUGUUUGGAUAAUGGAUGGUGCCAGGAUACAUUGCGACAAAAAUAUAGUGCUAUAUCUUCGUUCUUUGGGCAUAUUGCCAAUUUUCUUACCAGCGUACUGUCCGAUGUUUAAUCCGAUUGAAGUAAUUUUUGGUAUAUGCAAAAAGCAUCUGAAACGAAACUACGUCGAAAAUAGUAAAAAAUCGUUAUCUAUAACAAUAACCGAAACGCUGGUGAAAUUCAGAAACUAUUCUUGCACAAAACUUUUUAAUAAAUGUGGCUAUAUCUCGGGUAACAACUUUGAUCCUAAUACUGGUCUUGCCCAACCUCUAUUCGCUUUUGGUUUUGAAGAGAAAAAAUAA